CUCUCUCUCCCCCCCUCUCUCUCUCUCUCUCUCCCCCGUCCCCUCCUCCUGUUUCGAAGCGAUUUUUUUCGCCAUCUUAGUUUUAUUUUGGUCACGAUGCAGAGGUCGCCAUGAUGAAGAGGCCCCUUAGUAACGCGAUGCCCUGCGACAACCCGGUUGGCACAACCAGCCCCGCCGUCCUCCCCGCUGAGCCGCUGGAAGCCGAUGCUAGAGAAUCCAGACAUGGAGAAGAAGUCUGCGCGUUCCUCCUCGGCGGGGCCCGGCAAGGCGCCGCCCUCCGAAUGUAAAGCCAAGCCAGACGGUAAAGGUGGAAAUGGAUCAAGACGCUACAACAAAAAACGAGACCCAACUUUUCCCAAAAACGAAAAUGUAUGUAACCAGGCCCGCCGCCCCAACCCACAGAAAAGCAAAGCUUUUGACAAGAGACCUCCAGCUCGCGGUGGCAACAAAUCCUUUAGCACUUCUGGUAAUGGUGGGAGACGAGAAGAGGUAGCAGAGGUGCAAAGGGCAGAGUUUGGUCCUGUCCAAUUUACUGGUCCGAAGAAAAUAAGCCUAAACCACUUGUUAAAUUUUACAUUUGAGCCACGUGGACAGUCUGGCUUUCACUAUGAUGGUUGUGUCAAUGGAGGCUGGGGAAGAAGAAAUAAGUGGGGACAUAAGCAUAAGCCCUUCAACAAAGAACUGUUUUUGCAGGCCAACUGCCAGUUUGUGGUCUCUGAAGAGGAAGACUACACAGUUCACUUUGUGGAUCCGGAUAUGUUAGUGAACUGGGAUUUUGUACAGCAGGUCCGUAUUUACAGUCACGAAGUUCCUUCAUGCCCAAUCUGCCUGUAUCCUCCGACUGCUGCUAAGAUAACUCGCUGUGGUCAUAUAUAUUGUUGGGCAUGUAUCCUCCACUAUUUAUCUCUGAAUGAAAAAACCUGGGGCAAGUGUCCUAUCUGCUACGAGGAAGUGCAUACGAAAGACCUCAAGAGUGUUGUUGCUAUGGAGAGCCACCAGCACAGCGUGGGGGAUACGAUAACCAUGCAGUUGAUGCGCAGGGAGAAAGGCGCCCUGAUUGCUUUACCCAAAUCCAUGUGGAUGAAAGUCGAGGAACCAAUUCGCUUGGGAGAUGAAGAACACAGCCAGUAUUCUAAACUGCUCUUGGCUUCAAAGCAGCAAGUCCUGAAGUAUGUUAUUGAAGAAGAGCGAGCAGCUUUGCUCAGACAGUACGAGGAAGAGAAGAGUACACCUGAAGCUUGUUUUAUUGAAUCCGCAAUCGAGGAGCUUAAGGAUCGAGAGCAGGAUUUGUUGGGCUCUCCCUUUGCUUCAGAGGAGGACGUCCUUAGCCCAUUUGUUAAGCUUGAGGAUCUGACCAUUUCAGAUCAGUUUGUAACUACCGUGACUGAAACCCUGCCUGUCUCGGCUAAGUCCCACCAUGUGUUGGCAUAUUCAAAUGCAUUUGAUGACCAAAUUGACAAUGAGCCUCAAGAGGAGGAGCCCUUAACUACACACUGCCCUAUGUUGGAGGACUCGGCCACCAUCCCUGAAUGUGGCAAUAGUGAGGAGAUAGUGGAGGGAGCUUGUGGUGGAAGCCAACCUGUAUUGACUCAAUGUGGCCCACCAGCUGAGGACAUCAGAGGAAGCUCAUCAACAACCUACUAUUACUACUUUUAUCAAGCGGAGAAUGGGCAACACAUGUUUCUGAAUCCCGUUAAUGUCCGAUGUCUAGUGAGGGAUUACGAUAGCCUGGAGUGCUGUCCUGAGAAGAUUACCGCUGAAGUGGUUGAGAUUGUUGGCCAUUCAAUAACCGAGGACGUACGCCGACGGCAUCGUUACUUGAGCCACUUGCCGCUCACCUGCGAGUUCAGUAUUUGUGAAUUGGCUCUGAAGCCUCCCGUGGUGUCUAAGGAAACAUUGGACGCUUUUUCAGACGACCUUGACCGAAGGCAGCGUCUCCGUUUGAAGAAGGCUCGGGAUGAACGCCGGCGAGAGCGGCGGAUUGAGAUGGAAGAGAACGAAAAGCAAGGCCGAUAUCCAGAAGUACACAUCGCCCUCGAAAACUACCAGCAGUUCCCAGCAUUCGGUUCUUCUUCAGAGAAUAAAGCAUUUGUUGGUCUUACAACCAGCCUGGAUCCUGACUCCCAGCCUUCAGGUCUUUCACUCUACAGUGCCCUCAGCAGGAGCCCUGGAGCCUUCACUGAAUCCUCACCGAGUCCAUCUCCUUCAGUGUUUACUCCAGGAAGUCCUUCUUCCUGUGUUGGAAGUCCAGAGGAUGAUGCUCAUUUUCCAUCAUUUGCACAGAUGCUGAAGGAUGGGAGAGCUAAAGCAGAAGUGUGGCCCAAAGCGACUCCAAGAAAAGAACCCAGUGUGAUGCCAGCACCCCCAACAGACAGCGAUGGUGAGAGUGAUCCCUCAGACCGUGCCCCGGUGCCCAGCUUCCAGAAUUCCUUCAGUCAGGCAAUGGAGGCUGCGUUCCUCAAACUCGAUAAAGUUGCAACUCCGGACACUUGUGCAGAAGAGAAGAAUGGGAAAAAGAAGAAAAAGAAACAAAAGCUUCUCUUCAGCACUUCAGUUGUUCACACAAAGUGACAGGCAGCCCCUGCCCACAUCUACCCCUUCUCUGCUGUCUGGGUGACCACGUUUCUGUUGCUUUUAUUUUGCUGCUAUUAGUUUGUUACUGGAUCUGUAAAAUCUUGGUUUUGGUUGUACUUCAUACUCACCCAAUAGAUUACAGUGAAGGCACUUGAGUGGUUUGUCAAUGGAGCAGUUUGCCUCCUGCGUGUCGAUGUAUUCCGGUCUAACACACGGCUACUUUUUUUGUGGUUAGGCACCAUAACGCAUUUUGUAUAGCUUGUUUUCAAUUGAAAGGGAAAUUACAGUAAAUCCCGAGUCAGUGUUGAAAUUUGACGUUCCCGGUUGUGCGGAAGUUGCAUUAGUCUGUGAAUUUAUUUCCUCAUAAUCAUUCUCGGGCCCUGCAAAUUAAUUCAUACAUGGCUUAAUAUUUCUUGUUCAACUACAUCAGAUGUUGCUCUUCAUUCUUCCUUUCCCCACCCACUCCCCAUGGGAGUACACACACACAAUUUUAUUUUUUACCGGCCCAGCUAGCAAAGCAAACUUAAGAAAGGCAAGUCUGCUCAUCCAUCUUAUUGUGUUCAGAAUGUAGGGAGGGAUAUUGUCUAUUCUAGCAUUAAUUUCAACCCCUGCGGCCAUAAUAUUGGGUGGUCAUGUGUCAGUGAGUGACAGAACAAAUUCACAGUAUAACUGGAGUUUCUCUUUAAAGCUUAAUUUGAAAUGUGCUGAGGCCUUUUAAGAAAGUGAAUGUUUAAAAAAAGAGAGAAUCCAUCUCAGAACGAAGUAAUGUGUUAAACUUUGUAUAUCUAUCCUUUGUUUUACUUUAUUUGAAUUGGGGCAGCAGAAUAAUAGAUGCAAUAAAGGAUUCUUACGCACA